UCAACUAAACUUCUCCGGACAUAUUUCUAAACAGAGAAGACAAUUUAUCUUAAUUAUUCCAAUUCUGCAAAUGUUAAAUUUUUUUCAACAUUUCCAAGACUAGAUAAUAAUUUAAUCAAUGAUGGAUAUUCUCUAAAAACUGUUGAAUAAUGAGUUUGAGAAUCUGUGUGAACCCUUCAGGUUUCCUGACAAGAUUGAAUGUUUAAAACUUGAAAGGAGAACUGAUUAAAGCUGAGUAGUUUGUCGUCUCUUUAUUCCUGGUUGUCGGAGGGGUCUGGAAGAAUACACAAAAUAAACGAAUUAUUCUGGUUCCCAAAAAGUUAAAAAAAAAACAAGAACAAAAUCCACUAUUCAUGAGACACAGCAGUAGACUGCACUCACCAUCUAAAUAUAAUUAGAUAAAGCUUACUCCUCAGAUCCAACCUUGAUUUCAUUUAAUUAUCCUCAGUCAUCAUGCAUAGACAAGCAGUCAUAUAUAGAGGAGGACGUAGGAAUAGAAUUCAUUGAGAGAAGCUGAAUAGGGUGAAAGCAGAAAACUGUGAAGAAAGAAGAAAGAAUCAAAGAGAAAGAAAACUAUUGAAAGCAAGCUAUAAAUUAAAGGCUUAGUCGAGUUCACAACAUUUAAAGCAAGGAAAAAAACAAAAUGGAAGCGUAAACAAAAGAGAGGAAAGAUAAAUAGAAAAGAGAGGAAAGAUAAAUAGAAAAAACAAAGAGAGACUUUAAAGAAGAAGAACUAGCGAAGGACGGGAAAAUGACGAGUUUCCGAUUUCCUGGACGUGAACUGAUCCUGCUCAUCUUUAUUCUCCGAGAAGGGGAAUCUGAUGGUAAGGGUGGUAGUUGGAGAUCAGGAAGUGAUCUAAGUAAACUCUACGACAGUGUUACUCCGAACCCAACAGGAUCCCUCUCCGGACCAUACUUUCUACAGGAGACAGGAACCACGGUUACAGGAAUAAUUGGAAAAACUACUUUUCUUGUCUGUACUAUCCGUAAUCUAUCAAACUAUACGGUUUCAUGGGUCCGACAUUCAGAUACUCAUCUUCUAGCUACAGGAGGAUACACAUAUACUCCUGAUACAAGGUUUACAUCUGUUCAUAAACCUAGCUCCGAAAACUGGGUUCUAGAGAUUAGAGAUACUAAUACAUCAGACGCAGGAAUAUAUGAAUGUCAGAUCUCAACCAACCCAGUCCGCAGUCUUCAGUUUCAGCUAAACAUAUCAGAUUCGUUGACCGAGAUUUGGGGAAGUAAGGAACGUCAUAUUGACAAAGGAUCUCCAUUUAACCUGACCUGUAGGGUAUCCAGCUAUCAACAAUCUAUCCCAUAUAUACUCUGGUAUCAUAACAAUCAGCAAAUCAAUCUGGCUGAAUCUGAUACCUUUAAAGCGUCUGGUAUGAGAAUGGGAGGGGAGGAUUAUUCCAUGUCUCUUCUGGUAUCGUCAGCAGAACGAAAGCAUUCAGGGAAAUACCACUGCAUCUCCCCGGCCGGUCAGUCUAGUACAAUCUCCCUUCAUGUACAUACAGAAGAGAAUGCUGCUGAAUUGUAUUUGAACUCUGGUUUACAGAUUACAGGGCCCUCAACCUUUAUUCUUAUUCUUGGAUAUUUCUACAUGUUCUUCUAAAUAUUAGAUGUAAAACUUAUGCUGCCCAAGCCUUUAGCUUCGUUGGCUGGUCAAAAUAAUCAUCUAAGUAAGUUACAGCUGUGGGUCAACCUACUAAAUCAUGUUACAGUUUUAGCUGUAGGCCAACCUACAAAAUCAUGUAACAGUUAUAGCUGUGGGUCAACCUACUAAAUCAUGUUACAGUUACAGCUGUAGGUCAACCUAAUAACUCAUGUUACAGCUACAACUGUGGGUCAACCUCCUAAAUCUUACAGCUAAAGCUGUGGGUCAACCUACUAAAUCAUGUUACAGCUACAGCUGUAGGUCAACCUAAUAAAUCAUGUUACGGCUACAACUGUAGGUCAACUUACACUGCACCAAGUUACAAUAACAAUUUGAUGUUAACCUACAACUGGAGGUCAACCUAUCUAUCUAUCUAUUUUGAGGCAGCUGUUCGCUCCGAAAAACUAUCGGACAGUCAAAAAUUGGGUGACCGGCACGUUAGCUAAGCAUAGUGCAAUGGUGUAUGCUUGCGCGGGACAGCCACUUGGGUCAUAAGCCCCAAUUGGUUUUGCAGCUGAAACUAAACACAGCUAGAUUAUUCUCAAUCACGUCAAACUAAUGUAAAAUGCACUUGCGAUUUAAAUCUUUUAUGUUUUUCAUCAUAACUCAUCUUUUUAAAGAGUUAUUGAGAAGAACAUAAAUGUUUUGAAUUCAUAUUAUGUAACCAAAUAAAUUUGCUAUUAUUACACUUGUACUUAAAAUCAGAACUAGAGGAGCAACGGAGUCACAAAGUCGUAACAGCAAUGUCAACUAAAUUUGACCUUCGCCUCCUGGUUAGUUUGCAGUGCAAUAGCUUAACCUAAAACAUCUAUGUUUUGCAAGUUAAAAAUAUAUUACCGUGAGGCAAUUGAGCCCUUGCCACAAACUCAAAUUUUCUUAACCUUAUUUCUUCGC